ACUUGACCUCGAAUCCAACCGUCUCCACUCUGAGAGUCACUAUCAUGGCUCUCGUGCCAGGGAGUAGCCAGGACAGACCUUGGUCUGGAGAUAACCCAGACUCUUCAUGGCAUCCAGAAAGUCCCCGGUUGGCCAACCCUCUCUCAAAAAACAGAGAAGAGACUGGCAGAUGUGAAGGUCAUCAGGAUGUUGAGGUGUCUCAGAAGCCCCGCCUGCCCUCUAUUGUGGUAGAGGCCUCAGAGGGGAGUGAGGAAGACCAGGAAGACCAGCAGUGGCCACACGAGGACUUGCUGGUUCUCACUGAUGGUGAAGAAGAAGAUGCGGAAGCUUUCUUCCAGGACCAAAGUGAAGAGCCAGGCUGGGCCUGGAUCCCACAGGACCCCACAUCUCCUUUAAGAUCAUUUAACCCUGGACUUGGCUGGGGUCAAGAACAAGAAGUUUCCUGGAUUCCUGAAGAUACAGAGGAUCAGGAGAUUCCCAGUCUCUGUCCUCUUUGGGACCCAACAGGACCCUGUGUCUAUAGAACCGGAUUUAUGGAAUCUUCUCAUUUCCCACCUCCCAGUACCUUUGGGGGAGCUGAAGAAGAAGUUGUUCAAGCGCCGCAGGGUGUUAAGCAGGGAUCGGCGACGGAAGCGCCAGGUGGUCGGGGCUGUGAUAGACGAAGGGCUGACUACGAGGCACCACCUAAAGAAGCGGGCGUCCAGUGCUCGUGCCAACAUCACGCUAUCUGGGAAGAAGCGCAGGAAACUCUUGCAGCAGAUCCGACUUGCCCAGAAAGAAAAAGCAGCCAUGGAAGUGGAAGUCCCCUCCAAGUCAACCAGGACUAGUCAGCCCAGAAGACAAAAGAAGAUAAAAGCUCCCCAGGAUGUGGACAUGGAGGAUCUUGAAGACAAGAGCUAAAGUUCCUACCUCUUCUACCACAAGAUCCUCAACAGCACCUAAAAGGAUUCGGGGAAACAUCGGAAAAGAUAUUACCACGUUUCAUUUUCCCAGAUACCUCUUUCUAUAAUGGACCCUUGGCCUCCUGGAGGUCUAUAUUGGGAAGGAAGAGGACACAGAGAAAGACUGGAGAGGGCCCUCUCUGGCAGUUGACUCAUUUUGUAAUAAAGCUUUAGUGUGUUAAC